GACCCGGACACGCAAGACCCCGCCGGCCGCACGGCCCUCCACUUUGCCUCCGCGGCGGGCCACGCAGACACGGUGCACGCGCUCCUCGCCCACGGCGCCGACACGACCGUGCAGGACGUGAACGGAAACACGCCGCUGCAUCUCGCCGUCGUCAGCAACCACCUCGACGCCGUGCUCGUCCUCCUCCGCGCCAACGCCAACCCCGCCGCGACCGACGCCCGCCAUCGCACCCCCGUGCAGCUC